CCGUAGCAGCCUACACCGCGCGUGUUUCAGCCCGCGGCCACGCGCCACGCGGUAACACUCACAACCGCGAGCCUAACCCUCUGUGAUAUCCCACGACAUGGGCCACAGAUAACACGACAAAUCUAAUAAAAAUGUACGAAAUGUCAAUUCAAGAAUUGAAUGGUAAGGCGCCGAAGAAGAGGAAAAAAUCCCUGGAUACCGUUGAACAGGAAGCGGCAAAUGUUGGUGCGGAAGAUGUCAAAGAUAAGCCGGUGGGAGUGGAGUUGCUCCAUUGGCGUGAUAUGCCAAAGCAUUUGCAGUUUAACCCUUACGUGCUGACCGGUUACCGGCCGUUGCAGGACUGGGGUGGAUGUCUUCGCAGUCUAUUUUACUUCCACAAUGAGACUAUCAACAUUCUAACACACGGUGUAUCGUUGGUGUUCAUGGUGACGGUGCUGCCGGGCUUACUUCCGUGGGGUAGAGGAGGUGGCUGGGCCUGGUUCCUCUCCUUAUGUCACCUUCUUGGCGCCAUGGCUCCAUGGUGCGGGUCCUUUCUCUACCACCUAUUCAUGAACCACACUAGGGGUGCCAGUCUAUACCAUAAGUUGCUCCAGUUGGAUAUGCUUGGAAUUUGGGUCAGCCAAAGUAUAGGUGCUAUACCAAUGGUAACAGCGACGGUGUACUGUGCGCCUGCGCCACUGCGCUACUUGGCUCUGGCAGUCUACUGCCUUGGAAGUCUUCUGGGCCUGUAUAAAGCUAUGAGGGCUUGGUCCCCAUGGGAGAGACGUUUAUGUUUCGCGGCUCCCUUCUGCAUGAGACUACUCCUGGCAGGGGCUAGAGCAGCGCGCUUUGGAGGCGGAGACCCACAUGCCAUACUGCACGUCUUCCUACAGGAUGCGGUAUCCCUGGGUGGGGGUGUAAUCGGUGCUCUGCACAUCCCGGAAAAGUGGUUCCCGGGGACAGUGGAUCGCUGCCUCAACUCACACAAUAUUAUGCACGUGCUAGUCGUGUUAGCUGUCUACUCCAUGCAUCAGGUAACAACAAAAGACUUGGCAUGGAUGUCCCGCGUGGACUGCCGGACUCCACUGCGCCAUCUCUGACACCAGCCACCACACCUUCCAUCUGACUUCCUCUCACCCUAAACCCUGAAAGACAAUUCCCAAGUGUGAAUAAAAUGUGAUGUCCGUGCAUUUAUUUAGGUUUAGGGAUUCAGUCAAUUCCGCAAGAGAAAUUGCAAUUAUGCUUCUCUUAUACGAGACAAACGAACAUUCGUACACAAGGAGAUUGCCCAUGUGCAGCUGAAAAUAGCUACAAAAUCGUAUGAUAAUUUUAUUUAAAAUAUUCAAUCAAAAGUAGGAAUUGCAAAGCCCAAAAUAUUAUACAUUUCAUAAAUUUAAUUAUUAUCCUGCUAUAGCUUAUAAACAAAGGUCAACUAUUUUAUUUAUUUUAAAUAAUUCCAUGCAAAUGGGCAUUCUCCUUCUUUAAGCGAUAAAUUAAUUGUAAUGGUGAAUUGCCGAUUAGAACCAGUUAUAAAGUUUAAAGGCGGGUUCGAGGCUGUCAAACAUUUGCACACGUACGAAAGUUAUGCUAGCAUAUCUUUCUCCACCUCUCAUUAUAGAAGCCGAAAGCUAGUUAUUUAUGCUUAUAGAUUAAGAAAUAAAAGCAAUAUCGUUCAAUUGGGUUAUUUAAAAUUUAAGAAUAGUUCAAUUUUAAAAAUAAUAAUAAGUUUUAGAUGACAAUAUAACGGCCUAGAGAUAGUAUCGUUUUAAAGCCUUUCUGAUGAUUUUGGUGAUUAUGAAAGUAAAAAUAGCAUUAUCGGGGCAUAAUAUCUCUUGUGAUUAGUAAAACAAUUUAAGAGAUUCGAGACCUGCCUUUUCUCAAUACAAAGUUACACCAUUGUAAAUUAGUACUUUAAUAUAUUUUUCGUCCCGAAGUCUUCUCCAAUACAUAGCUAUGAUAUGAUCUCCUAUCUCCAAGAUCCCUUUAAGGGGAUGCCGCCUGAAGGUGUCUUCUAAAAUGCUCAAAAUUUGUCGGAAACUACAUAUACUAAUAGAACUAAUCGAAUCACUGUAUUGUUUAUUGUUGUUUAAUAAUAUCACAACCUAUUAACACAGCAAUACAUUAAUACAAUAUUAGUAAAAUGGGCAGUUAUGUAGGUACUAGUAGAUAACUAUCUUAAUAUAAAAUUUGUCUUUCUUAAAAUUUAGCCAAUUAACUAGAAAUGAAACGACCAAUUGGUGUGUUUUGUAUUUAAGAAAUCGCUUGGAAAUUGUUUGGCCACUUGUAUAGGUAAGGUCGGGUUAAUAUAAUACACAAUAUUUCGUAUCAAAUUCAAAUAUUUAUUGAACAAUAUUCAAACAAUUGCUUUAGACAAUUUGUAAAACUAAAUUGAGGAAGUAAGUAUGUCUUAUGACCGAUACGAAUGUAUAUAUAACUCAUACUUCUACUGUAAAAACGUAGCCUUAUUCAAAGGAAAUUGUUUAAUUAUAUUUUAACUAAGUAUUCAUUAAUCUCUUUCUGUUAGAUAGUAUUUCGAUGCUAAGAGACAGAACAGCACCUUAGUUAAAACCGCGCGAUUAAACUGCUCCAGUGUUUAUUAAUAAUUGUAAAACUAACAAUUCUGAGUUAGUUAAAUGUAAUUUGUAACUAACACAACGUGUCAAGAUAAUUUUAAAAUUAAUAUUUUUUUAAUUUUUGAGAACGGCAAAGUAUUGAUGCCUUUAAGACAUGUGGUGGUGCUGGAGGCGAACGUUAAGAAUACCGUGAACUCCGUAGCGCACCAAUCUUGAACUAAAUACUAGACUCGCCCAAGUGCCAUAUGCAAACAACGAAUCAUACCAUAUUUCCAUACAUUGCGCAGAGGCGAUGGGAACACGGAGAAACUGAUCGUGGUUGGUAACGCAGAUGGCAAAAUAUCACAUGGUUGUUGACUUGCCAUAUAGACCGAUCAAGUGAAAGACUGAUCGUCCUCAAACAUGUACCCUGUUAUAAGAGACAGAAAGUCCAGAUGCUUCUACUUAAACAUGAGGUUCCGGAAACUUGGACAUAAAAGAGAUAUUUAUAGAUUUGCCACAGUUAAAUUACCAGCUUAUUAGAAUAUUGUGCAAUUUUUCUCGUACAAGAGAGUUAUUUACAUGCAAUUAUAAAUAGGUUAACCAUUAAAUACAUCCUGUCCGGAAUUUUCCAAUAAUUAAAAGAAACAUGAGAAUUAUGGAAAAACGUUUAUUAUCACGAAAUAGUGAUAAAGGUGUUUUUCCCAUAUGUACCUACAUCAUGGUUGUACUCUGUGUAAAUUAUAUUAUUUAACAUAUACAUAUAUUAAUAAUAUCUGUACAAAAAUUUAACUAAAAUAUAAAGGCGUUAGGUAGAUAAUAUUAAAUGUUAAUAGUAACUGAAGUUUAACAUAAUUUAUUACGAGUAAUUCUUAGUAUUAAACAAAAUCGUUUCCCUAUUUGUCUCGCUAACCUAUCGUGUGUAAUAUUAUUUCUUGAUAUAUAAAAUUAUCAAUCAACCAUUACACAUUUAAAACACGAUUUUGAGUGCGGUUCUGUCAAUUCGUUUAAAUUCGCAUUUACAGAGCAGUGCUGGUAAUGAAAAUACACUAUAAUAUACGGUAUUUGUUAUAAACUAAAAACAUUAAACCUUCGUUGACAUUUCUACAUCAAUAUAAUUAAACUUGGUGACAGUUGUCGGCUUAACUGACUUAUAAAAACAAAAGAUGUUAUCAAUUCAACGUGUUUUUAUAGUAAAUAUUUAGUAUAUGCGUAAACUAAAGGCAAAACAUAAUACCUAUCAAACACAAAUGCUUAACGGUCGUUAUAUUAAUCCGACUUUACCAUUUCUUAGUAACGUAGAUUAAACUAAGCAUAGAUAGAUAGCCAAAAGCAAUAAUAGAAAUAAAUGAAAAUCGUAGUAAAUUAGUUAUAAAACACUGUUAAAAUUCGCAACCGAAAUGGUUUAUGAGAACCAACUGUUUUACAGUUAAGCGCUUUACAUUGUAAAAACAAUCUGUAGCGUUGCGUACUUUAACUCGAAAUUAGUUCCCCCAAAGUUUUUUUUGCAUAUGAUUGUAAAACCCCACCAUUUCGUAGAAAUAAUAUAAUAUAUUUAGUAUAUCGACACGUAAUUUGGCAUGGUUUGGCACGAGGGAAACUUUGCACAUCUGAUUAUACUAACAUAAUACCUAAAAAUAUUCCAUGCAUCAAACGAUACCAACUUACCAAACAGUUUUUUUGUUGGACAUGCUUUAUAGAUACCAUCAUAUGGUGAGUGGCAGCCCUACCAACAGGAAUUUUCGUCUUACAUUAAAAGGGCCUUCGUUGAUAUUUACGUGUAAACCGUAUAAUAAUAUCGGGAAAAUUGUUUUUGUAUUAGAAUCUCAAAAGUUUGUUAAUCUUAAAAAUUCCGUAAGGUAAUGUUACAUACAUCAUUUAGUGAUUAUAUAAAAUCUGUAAAAGGGUAAUUUAAAAUUGCACAUAAAAUUCCUUCCACCAUUAAAUUUAUUUCAGAUCUAAUAUUUUUGAUUAUAUAUUCAAAGUAUCAUUUAAUUUAUUUACAUUGUACAUAAAGCUCGUCGCUUUCGACAUUGAUGUUCUAUAACAGAUGAAUUGUAUUUUUUUUCUUCAGAACAAUUACAAUAUUCUAAUAGUAUGAGCCACAGCUUUAGGUUAUAAAAGUUGUUUUAUUAUGGCAGAAAGCUUUGGUACAGCUU